AUGGAGAAGCAAGUCGGGCUGGCGCGCUGGGGAGCGCCCGUGAUGGAUCUCUUGAAGCUGAGCUACUUGGAUGCCCCAUUUCCAGCCGAGGGCCCGUCCACUGUCCAGGGAUUUUUCGAGCCGCCCUUCUACGAAUGGUAUCGUACAAACAAUGUUUGGAGGAGCUCAAAGUGGGAUUUUCACGAAGCGUUUUGCUUCUUUCAGGGGGCAUUUCUCGCAGGACAACUAGCUGGAUAUCAGCGUUUGAAGGAAGAUCUUCUUCCUACGCCGAUCAAGUUUGUGAUCUUGAUCGGCGGAGGUAUGUCUGGAUACAAGCCCAUGUCGGCGGCUUACGACACUCCAAUCAAGUGUCCUUCGCUCCACACAAUCGACAACGACUCCAUCGCCGAAUUUCGAUCCUUCCUUCUAAAGAUGCUGGCUUUGCGAGACGAAGACGAAGAUCCAAAGGAGCAUUUGGAAAAAUCCACUUGA